UUUUCGCCAGCAAAAAUGGCACAGCCUGCGAAGGAAACACAUGAAGAAAUUGAGAUGGUGCAGGAAGAGAAAGUAAAUGAUGAUUGGAACGCGUCUUUUCUGCCUGCGCUGAACCUCCUUAUCGUGUUUCUUUCAUCAAUCUCUUCAUCGGAGGAAGAAGGCUUACAUUACGUGGAGAUCGGAAGGAAAAGUGCAGAAGACGAUGAAGCUAAAGCUUGCAUAUCAGGAUUACAAAGCAAAAGGAGCAAAAUAAAUGGAGUCAAGCUCAUGCGGCGAACACCAAGGAAUAGGAUGCAGACAACUAUACGUGAUUCCAGGCAUGGCAGAAGAAUGUAAAAGAAAAUGCAUACCAAGAAUCAAGAGAAGAUCGCCAAGACAGAGAG